GUCAAAGGUCAAAGGUCAAACUCAAAAUUUAGUGCACGGUAGAUUUUCUUUAAAUAAAUUAAUAGUAAAAUAAAAACAGAAAUUAUUUUAUGCUGUAUAUAGAACAACAAAUUAUUCGAAAUUUACUGCGCCCAUCGGCUAUCAUUCGAAUUGCUUUCAGAAGUUUACCAAAAAAAAAAGAGCAUGACGGGUCGGGGUCGCGGCUUAUGCCAAGUUAGAAGCGCGCAAUUAUCCAGGAAUGAUUCUAAAGGUUCGUUUGGUAGUUUGGAUGGCGUUAGGACCAAUUUCGGACCUGCAAAAACGGCGGAUAUCGUAUGUGUGAACUUGGAUCUGGACGAAGUUACUCGAGCGUGGUACUUACACUUCAAAAAUUAUUGGAAUAUGUUAAAGAAGAGUCCUGCCGUCGUAAAUAUGUUGCAUCAGCAUUUCGACGAAUGUGAUAAUCCCUUUGAACAAGCACUUCGUUUAUGUUAUAAUUGUUUAGAUUUUAAAGAUGCCAAACCUAAGACGCUCGCCCAUUUGAUAAUGGAACAAUUUGGUGAUUGGAAAGCUCGUACUAAGCGAGAUGUCGGCUAUUUGUUGUCCAUCGAUAUUAAAAUUUCCGCAUUUAACGUUGUUAGACGGCAACGUUCCUUUAUUUUAAUGAAGCUGGUCACGUCUAUUUAUGAGAUGGUUAACGACUGUGAUAUUUUCUUAGAGUGUAUCUACCGUAUGAUUUCCGAAAAGCAGUACAAAGAAGCGAGUCAGUGUGCUUUGUUGUUGGGUUUGCAAGAACGGUUCGGUAUCGAGGAAUUUCUUCUUCCUCUACUUUUACAAGAUAAGUUGUUAUGCGUGGACGAGUUUUUAAAUGAAAGUGUUAAACAUCGGAUCGAUCUGGUGGUGUUUUUAGACUCUUUGUUAGGGCAAGCUGUGGCGAUCCGUUCGAUUUUAGAAGCGCUGAUUCUGAGAUUGCAAAUACCCGAGGUUAAGUGGAAUAAGUUGCAUAACAAGCCGUGGCGAAAACUCAUCGCACGAUUUGUGAAAAUGUACAAUAUUUCUUCAGAGGUGACGCCGAAUCUUAACAAAAAACGGAAUGAAGGCGCCUUACAGUUUUUACUUCAUAAGCGCUACAUUGAAAAUGGUUUUGGUGACGAAAGUUGGAAGGAGAUGGUUCGAGAAGCGGUAAAGGACGACGAAAGCCUACAGCAGGAAUUGGUUGGCUUGGUGGCGUCCUAUGGUGAUACCGCUGAGGCAUUACGCUGGGCCCAUUUUUAUAAUAUCGAUCGCUCGUAUUGGCCGCACAUGGUUCGUCUCUACAGUGACAAUCCGGAUGAGGACAGACAUCAACAACAGUUGCAAAAUGCCAAUAUUAUUGACGAGAGUUGGGACGACGGUGCAAAGGAACCGACAAAAUAUCACGAAUUUAAGCUGCCCCUAACGAGUGUUCAUCUUGUUGACAAUAUUAGCUCCUUUGAGUGUUUUAUCUAUAGUGGUUUGCAGGAUACAAGCGUAGUUGGUUUAGAUUGCGAAUGGAAACCUAGCUUCGGUGUUAAUAGUAGCGAAUUAUCUUUGCUACAAAUAGCGACACGCCACUCCGUUUUUCUUCUUGAUGUCAUUAAAAUCGGAAAUUCUUUUCCCCACCUUUGGAAGAAACUAAAUGAGGUGUUGUUCAGUAACUGUGAUAUUAUGAAAUUAGGUUUUAAUUUUUCUGCCGACAUAUGCAUGAUCAAAAGAGCGCUGCCACAUCUCGGAUUCAUCCACGAAUUGGGUUUUUUAGAUCUCCUAUCUCUGUGGAAGCACUUGGAUAAAUCUAACAAAAUUACGCUUCCCUAUGCAGGCAUCGCGUCGGGCGGUCUGAGCCUUAAUGUAUUGGUACACCUGUGCUGCGGCAAACCGUUGGAUAAAUCUGACCAAUUUUCAAAUUGGGAAAAUCGACCGCUACGUAAUUCCCAAUUAUUGUACGCCGCAUUAGACGCCUACUGCCUUAUCGAGGUCUACGAUAUGCUGAAGUUGUGUUGCGAAGAACAACGAUUGUCGUUUAACGAUAUAUGCCACCAACUCAUGUCGGCGCGCCAUCCCAAACGAAAAACGAAAAAACCGUCAAUCAAAACUGAGAGAAAGAGAGAGCAAAAGGUCGAAUUGCCACAGCCGCCGAGAGAACAGCGGGAUCCUGUGAUGGCCGAUUCCGUUAAGUUUGUUUGUGAUACUAUGCUGCAAGGUUUGGGAAAAUUAUUAAGAAAAUGCGGUAUCGAUACGGCUAUUCCGUCCAAUACUGAUGAUCACACCGAAUGUGUCCGUUUAGCUAAUGACGAGCAUCGUUAUGUACUAACGAGAGGAACCGCUUUUGAAAAAUUACUAGGUUCGGUACCUGCCGGAUAUUGCUUGCGCAUAAUUUCCGAUGAUCUUAACGAACAGCUUAAGCAAGUUUUGGAUUAUUAUCACAUAGUCGUCACAAAAAAGGACGUCUUUAGUAGAUGUCAGGUGUGCAACAGUAAUAGCUUCGUGAAGGUUUCCAAGUCUACGAUGGGUGCCUUGAUUUCAUCAUCGAAAAACCUUAAGAUCUGCAUGCCUCCUUACUACGAACACAAUUUAGAGGAUGAAGCAACGGGCUUUUCAAGCGAAGAUGAGUUUUACGAGGAAUGUGGUUCACCUCUGACGACACAAACUAGAAAGUGGGAUUUAUAUUCCGAUGAACACGUAGACGUUGGACUGUGUUUGACUAAGCAAGGUGCAAAGAUACAAGUGGAGGAGGUACCGACUUCACUGCUGGGCAAGAUGGAUAUAUUUUAUAUUUGUGAACAAUGUGGAAAGAUUUAUUGGGACGGUAGCCAUUAUGAUAAGGUCAUUUUUGGUAGACUACAAGGCAUUGUAUUGUAAACUGACCAUUGUAUAUCGCUUGGGUACAAAUUUUUUUAUUAUUAUCUCAUAAUAAAUGUGUUUCGGAUGUUA